AUGGUGAUUGCUGGUUCUGCCGAGCCGUCGCCAGAGCGCGCUGCCGCCUGGUCGGCUGUGGUCGCCAAGCCCCAUUCGGGCCCCGAAAAGGUGACCAUGGCGACGAAGCCCCCUCUACCGCAGGUUCUGACGCCCGCGACAGCAGUCUCUGAAACGACUCUUCCCCUCGUACCCGCGGAUCCCCUUGCCGCCCCCGAGUCUGGUCCGUCUGCCCCUGUUGCUGUUCCGUCAGGUCCGGCUGCUCCUCCUGCUCCCCCUGCGGCUGCUGUCGAACCGUCUGCUCCUCCCCCUGGUCUCGAUCCUGCGCCACCUGCGCCGUGUGCUCCCGUCGCUGCGCAGUCUGCCCCCGUCGUCCCUGCUGUGCUACCUGCCGCUGUUGUCCUCUCUGCGGCGAUCCCCGCCGUUGCGCAGUCACUGCUGGCGGUGUCCGCCACCACUGGCGGCCCGACUCCCUCGGUUGCGCCCUCAGCUGCGGGUCAGUCCACGCCUGCUGUGGCACCGAUGGCCCCGGCCGGCCAGCCGUCACGACCCCAGUCACCUGACCGCCGCCCGUCUCGUCCUCAUUCCCCUGCGCCCCACCAGGAUCGCAAGUCGUCUCGUCGCCGUCGUGAUUCUCCACGGCGUUACCAGCAGCAGCCUCACUGGCCUUCUCACCCCGGUGGUCAGGGGGACUGGAGGGCUCUUCCGGGGAAAAAUAGCGGGCAUUUUGGGACUGGCAAGCCGCACCCUCCUGGCCCCUCCGUGGUCGAUUUGUUCGUCCGCGGCUCGAAGGACGUGGAGAGGGCGGGGUUGGAAUGUUGGCCGUCGGAUCCCCAUCCUGUGGCACCCGUGUGCCUCCUGCUUGCCCUGCUACUCUUCUCCCGUUCCCUCCGCUACGUCUCGCCUGUCCUUCGCUUUCUUCAUCCUCGUCUUCCUCCUCGCUCGGCGGUUGUUCCUCCUCCCUAUAAGACGGGUCAUUUUGCUCCUCAGGGUCAGUAUUCUCAUCCAGCUGUGUUAAAGCCCUUCGUGCCGCCGCUUGAAACGCGUUCUCCGGUCCUCCCUCGAUUCUGCGCCCUUCACGGCGUCCUGCUCCUCGCCUCCUCCCGCCUCGCGAUGGUGAUUGCUGGGGACCCGUGGCCAUCGCCAAAGCCCGCUGCCGCUGCGUCAUCGGCGCGCGAAAGGUCACCGCCGGUGUCCGCCUCGGGGAUUGCCGCAAUGAAGCCGCCAGUCCCCCCUGCCCCGAAGCCAGCGCCCCCGAUCGCUGGUGUCUCUGCGCCUCCGACUCCGGACCUCGAGACGUGUGGGGCUCCAUUGUCUCCCCUGCCUGCCCCGUCGGCCCUUGUUGCUGAGCCGGGCCAUCCUGCUCCUGUUGCGGGUCCCGCACCAGGUGCUCCUGAUCCGCCGGUUGUCCCUGUGAAUCCUGCGGCGCUGCCCGCCGUGGUUGUCCCUGUUGCGACCGACGCGGCUGUUGGUUCGUCGCCGAUGGCGGUGUCCGCCACCACUGGCGGCCAGGGCCCGACUGUGGCGCCAGCGGGGGCCGUCCAGCCGGUCCUUGUUGCUGCAUCUGCGGGUCAUCAGCAGGGCCAACGCUCCUCUCGCCCGCAUUCUCCUGCGCCCCGUGAGGAGCGGGAGUCGUCACGACGCCGCCGCGAUUCCCCCCGGCGUAACCGCUCGCAGGCGAACUGGCAUGCGCAACAUGGCGGUCGUGGGGGAUGGGCGGGAGGUCGUGGUUAUGGCGGCGGCUCGGCGUAUGUUCAGCCGAUCUCGCUGGCGGAUGUGCAGCGUGUUGUCUCAGUGGCGAUACGUGAGGAGAGGGCGGUGCAGCGCCGUGCUCCUGCUCCAGCCGCUCCUCCUCCGGCCGUUCCUCCCGUGGCUGCGGCUCCGCCCCGUCAGGCUGUUGCCCCCGUUCCUCUUGCUCCUGCUCCGGCUCCCUCCGUCCCUGCCGCGUCUGCACCCGCACGAGAUCGUCGCUUGCGGCUACCAUGGGUUCCCCCGGUGGCGGGAUUGGAAUUUGUGACUGCGGCAGGAGGAGCGGUGACGGCACAGUACCCGCCUCUGCUGCCUGCUGAUCCAGCGCCCCCAUCUGCUCUUGAUGCACCACUCCCGACCUUGCCUGGGCCCCCUCGCAUGGCUGAAGUCCCGGAAGCGAGCCUGGCGCAGUUGUGGCGGCUCUGUGAGGCCCUUUGCGCCGUUCACCUGAUCCAGGUGUACGGUCACGCUGCUCUGUUCCAGGGUAAUUCCUUGGACGGAGGCCCUCGGGACGAGUGCCUCGAUGCGGCGGAUCGGCUCGCCGAGAUCCUGGCGCCCGUGCUGGCUGCGCCCGCGCGGGGUGUAAUUGCGGGUGUUGGGCAGCUUGGUACGGCUGUCCGAGGGUUGAAGCGGGUCCUGCGCGCUGGUACUGGAGACGAAGUGAUCGGCGCAAGCGCGGCGGUGGUGCGGGAGCUUCACCGCUCUCAGACUGGGCUCCUUGCGGUUCAUGACGCGGAUCAGUUCUAG